AUGCGUUACCUUCUCCCGGCAGUGCUCGGUGCACUGAGCCUGAUCUACGUCGAUGGUGUUGCUGCCCAGGACGUUCCCACUUGUGUGCCUGGUUGUGCAGACACUGUCAAAGGCCAAUUCCCCCAGUAUGGCUGCGUUAGUGCAGAUGAUGCUGCCUGUCUCUGUGCAAAUGCCAACUUCGGAUUUGGCGUUCGAGACUGUGGUCAGAGCGGAUGCGGCGCUACGGAUGUCCAGAUCCAGGCCUUUCUAGCUGGGUCUUUUUGUCAGGGUCAACAGUUGGCGUUUACGCCUACUGACGCACAAGCUCCUCCGACGUCAACGUCUGCCGGCCCACCAUCGUCGACGGCUCCUCCAGGCGAAACAACCCCAAUCCCAACAUCACCCUCGUCCACGACUGCUCCGAACUCGGAAACAGCACCUCCGUCUUCAUCCUCGACCACGGCGCCACCAACCACAACAGCACCGCCCUCAACAGCACCUCCCACUCAGACCUCUGCUCCGUUGACAGCAACCCCUCCACACCAAAACUCCACGAUCCCCGUGUCUACGCCAACAUCACCGCCUUCUACCACAACCUCUGUUGCCUCUUCCACCUCUGCCGCCACUACAUCAAGUCCCACUGCUAGUGAAACGUCCGCAGCUGCUCCGGCUGGUGGUUUGUCUCAAGGUGCGGCCAUUGGAAUCGGAGUCGGUGUUGCUGGUGGUGUAAUUGCAAUUGCGCUUGUUGGCGCCUUCUUUUUCCUGAAAAAUCGCAGCCGAACUCACGAUUCCUUCGACAUCUCUCAGCCUCCUCCUAGCUCGGGGCGUGGUCAAGGCGCGUUCGAAAAGUAUUCGAAUGAUCUCGAACUGGUUUCCAACCGGUACGAAGAUAUGAUACCUCGGCAGCAGCCAAGAGCCAUGGUGUAA